AUGGAGGAGGAGAGUGCCCAACGCGCCGAUCAACAGACUAUAAAAGAGGGCCCUAGAAAGGCAAUUUCAAAAACCAGAGGGAAGGAAUGUGCCGUCUGUAAAAAGAAACUUGCCCCCUCUUGGUCGAAAAAAUUAUGUCAACAUUGCAUUGAGAAACUAGUGGAGGAGGAGUCCCCAUCCCUUUUGCAGAGUAUUAGGGAGAUGGUGAAGACAGAGGUCUCGGAUUCCUUGAAAGAUUUCAAAAAGAGCUUCCCCUCUGUAGCCUCGAGCUCCCUUGGAACCAGAUCAGGCACAGCUAAUAAAUCUGACUCGGAUCCCUUAGAAGAUAGUGAUAGAGGAGAAAUCCUAGAUAGCCCAGACUCAUCCCAGGAUGAAGAAUCCACGGGCAGGCCACUUUUUUCCCCGGAUGAUACGGAAGCUUUAUUAAAAGCGGUUCGUGCGACCAUGAAGCUAGACGAAUCCAAAGACCCAAAAUCCGUUCAGGAUAUCAUGUUUGGUGACCUCGGGCAGAAAAAAUCUAGAGUUUUUCCCGUAAACGAGAAUAUAAAAUUCUUGAUACAGAAGGAAUGGCAAAAACCCGAUAAAAAAAUUUUUGUCCCUAAAAAUGUGAAAAGGAAAUAUCCUUUUGAUGAGGCAGACUCAGUAAAUUGGGACAGGCCUCCUAAGUUGGAUGCACCGGUUGCAAAAAUCUCAAAAAGAUCGGCUCUACCGUUUGAGGACUUGGGUACUCUUAAAGACCCUAUGGAUAAACGAGCAGAGGGUUACCUUGAAAAAGUUUGGGAGACCUCAGCUCAAGCGUUCAAACCAAAUAUUGCCGCCACAUCCACUGCUAGGUCUCUGAAAUUAUGGCUGGAAGAAUUAGAAUCCCACAUUCAAGAUAAAACCCCGAGAGAUCAAUUGUUAGCCGUUUUUCCCACUCUACUUAAAGCAGUAGACUUUAUUUCUGAUGCCUCGGCAGAUGCUUUAAAAUUAAAUGCUAGUUCCCUCUGUUCCGUUCCUUAUGGCAGUACAUCUAAAAGGUACAGAAAACAAGGUGGCAGAUUUCUUAAGCAGAAAUACACUAGACCAGGGGGAAUGGUGUUUGAAUCAAAUGGUCUUCGAUCAAAUAAUUCAACUUUGGGGUCGCCCUCAUCUGGACUUAUUUGCUACCAGAGAAAACAGAAAGUGUCAUCUUUUCUUUUCCCUCAGCGCGAGAGAUUCACCAACAGGGAUAGAUGCCUUCUCCCUUCACUGGCCGAACCAGCUCCUCUACGCCUUUCCUCCGUUAAGACUUCUUCCAAGAUUCCUACAGAAGUUGAGACAAGAAAGAACGACAGUGAUCUUAAUUGCUCCAUUCUGGCCCAGAAGAACCUGGUUCACUUGGUUGAGGAAGCUAUCCUUGACAGACCCUUGGAUUCUCCCGGAGAGGCAAGACCUUCUGUCCCAAGGACCGGUCAACCAUCCGAAUGUGAGGCAGUUACACUUAACAGCAUGGCUCUUGAGGGGGAAAUCCUAGAAAGUAGAGGACUCUCCAAGAAGGUAGUUUCCACUUUACUAUCCUGCAGAAAGGAUAUCACAUCUUCCAUUUAUCUCAGAAUUUGGAACACCUUCCAAAAGUUUGCCAAAGAUCCGGUGAAUCCUUUAAAUCCUCCACCUAUGUGUAAGGUUUUAGAUUUUCUGCAAGCCGGUCAUGAAAAGAAUUUGAGGCCAAGUACUCUUAAGGUACAGGUAUCCGCUUUGAGUGCAUUCUUUGAUUCUCCCAUCGCCAACUACCCGUGGGUCCGAAGAUUUUUUAAAGCCAUCAGCAGGCUUAGACCUAUAUCUGGACCUUCAGUUCCCCCCUGGGACCUCAACUUGGUCCUCACUAGCCUCACGGAGCCUCCCUUUGAGCCACUUAAAGAGUUACCCAUAAAAAUCUUGUCCUUCAAAACAGCUUUUCUUGUAGCAAUUACCUCAGCAAGGAGGGUUGAUCCCUCACCUUGCUCCAAGUACCAGGUGCCCUAUAACAAAGCGUGUUAUGAAGUUGUUCGUCUUAAGCGCACCUUCCACAGUGCCCAAUCCUGGUGCGAGAGAGGAGGAGGGCAUCUGGUUUUCAUCCAUAAUCAGGAGACACAGGAUUUUUUAGGUGAACAUCUGUCAAAGGAUGUCGACUGGUGGAUCGGGCUGGUUCGCAACUCACCGGAGCAGGUCGACUCAGGAGAAGAAUCUGUGACCUGGCUGGAUAUGUCUAAUGUGACUUAUAGCCGCUGGGCUAGCCAGGAGGACUCUGCGAGCAAUGGGAGAUGUGGCUACCUAAAGAAGGAAUCUGACUACCGAUGGGGGACAACAGAAAACUGCAGCCAGGAGUUAUUUUUUAUGUGUGAAUUCGAGUCUGGUCAUACCAUUGCCUGUGAUAAUCAGAAUGCCACAUUACAGUGCGGGUCAGGAGAAGUGGUGCAGAUUACCGAUAGCUUCUAUGGACGCAAGAGCCCCCAUUUCUGUACCCAGGGGAGCACCUCACUUACAACAAGUGGCUGCAGCUGGAACAGUGUUAGAGAACAGGUGGCAGGUCAGUGUCAUGGCCUCCAGGCUUGUCAAAUUGUCACGGAUGCUGCACAGUUUGGAGACCCCUGUCCUGGGUCUGGUAGUUACCUGUCUGUUUGGUAUAGCUGCAUGGAAGGUCUGAGGCUUGAUUUAGUAGAUAAAUCCUUCGUGUCCGAAAACAUAACCCUUACUAUAACAUGGCUUCUGUCAGAAUACAGCGGGAAUCUGUCAUGCAUUAUCAGCACUGGAGAUGGAUACAAUAUUGAUCCCUAUCAGCCGGAUAAUGCAUCAAGCAGUAUAAUCCACAGCUACACCUCUCCUGGAGACUUUACUGUGUUUGUAGAAUGUUCGACCAGUGAAUGGCAUGUGAUGGCACAGCGAAAUAUCAUCAUAGAGGAAAGCACUGGCAGCCUUAGCAUUACUGGUUGUUUUAGCCAACAGGAGUCCCAAGAUGAUGCUUGUAGAACUGUAUACGGAGACACCUUGUGGAUUCAGGUGGAAAUGAACACAGGUAGCGACAUGAACAUCUCUAUUGUACAUGACAAUGUGACUUUAAUGGAGACCAGGCUUAACCCUCAAGAUACUCCUCAUAAUCUGACCCUGGAUGUUGCAUCUCAAAGGCUUAUUGGCCCAGGAGUUCACCAGCUGCAGAUCAUUGCAUCGAGUCACAAAACCUCAGUGCAGCUCAACGCUAGUGUCACCAUACAUCUUAUGGAGACAGUGUCCGGCCUACAAGCUCACUUAUCCACCGCCACUUUGGAAGCAGGGAAAGAUUUACAGAUAAACGUCACCAUAUCUCAUGGAUUGCCAGCUGAUGUAAUGAUCGAGAUCACAGGAGCUAAUGAUACCAUGAGACAUUCGGGGCAAUGUCUGACAACCCAGCCACAUGUAUACAAUAUCACCGUUGGCACGGCAGGAGUUUAUAUGGUCACAGUGAUUGCUGGAAACGCAGUAUCGAACGUCAGCUUGAAUAUCGGGAACGUUACAGUGACAGAAAACACUGAUAAAGCAAAAGAAGAAAAAGAUGAAAGACAAAGUGAAGAGGGAAGAGGUUUCAUUAAAGAGAAGAUAAAAAUGCAGAUGCGUAUAGAACCUCGCAGAAAUAUCAGCCCCUUCUCUGACAUUACUCUGCAGUGGCCAGCCAAUACUACUGCUAAUUUCACAUGGGCAUGCGGAUCUUGCUGGUCUGGGUGGUUUGAGUGUGUGAAGCAAAAUCUCAUUGACGUGACUUCUUAUAAGGUUGUGAUCCCUGCUAGCUGUCUCCCACCUCCCAAUGCUGCCUUCACCAUCCAGGCCGUUGCGACUUAUAGCGAUGAGGACACUGUGGAAGAUGAGCAGUGUUUCUAUGUAACCUCCAAGGUUCAGUUCCGACCCAAAAUCAGAUGUGAGACUAACUGCAGGAAUAUGAACACUUCAGAGCCUGUGGUGUUCAGAGCUGCUUGUGAAAACUGCCAUGGUGUCACAUAUAGCUGGUACAUCGAUACGAGCCCUUUACAGAAGUCUGAAGCUCUUCCCGCUGUCUGCCAUCUACGUGAUUUUAGAACCAGUUCUUUUACGCUAUUACAAAAUGAUUUGUCCGUCCUGGUGCUGAACGGCACAGUGUUAAAGGACCAUCCUGAAGGUGCUGUCAGAAUAAAGCUGGUCGCCAAGACAUCUCAUGAAUACGGAGAGGAUGUGAUGGUUGUCAGCGCCCUGCCAGCUCCAGAGGUGCCAGACUGCACCAUAUAUCCCAGUGAGGGCUCUGUGCUCACCAGCUUCCGGAUCUCCUGCCUCUCUCCAUGUUCUAUCACUGAUGCCUGCAAGGAAGAUGAGCGUAUCGCCCUCACUUACUGCUUCUAUCCUAAGCCACAAUCUCAGCUCUACUGCGGUCCAAAAGGAGAGCUUCCCUCUGUGUAUUUACCUCUUGGAGACGAAGAAUUCGGCUUCCUGUUAAAUCUUACUGUUACCGUCACUAAUAACUUUGGUGAUUCGGUCAGUACCGCGGUGAAAGUGAAGGUCACGUAUGACGAGGCGAGCACCGACAGCCUGGCAUCGUUUCUGUCUCAAAGGUCAAUGCACAGUUUGAAGGAGGGAAGCGACAGCAGCUCACUAAUUCAGCUCUACAAAUCAGUGUCUUCUGUCCUCAACCAGGAGGCCCCCGACGGUGGAUCACUGCAGGCCGGCAACAAAAAAGAGUUACGAGAAGUGAUGAUCACAGCGCUCUCUGCUGUUAACGUGACCACACUGCACACGGCUCUUGAGAUGUCCGAGGUGCUGAAAGACAUCACAAUGAGAAGUGAAGAGCUGUCUUCGUCCGCUCAGGUGGAAGCCAUCAGUGUGCUGAGAGACGUCAGCCAGUCCUUGCUGACCGUAAGCAAUGAACGGGAUCCGACGAAAGAAAGAACGGCAAACUAUCUGUUUAAUGCCAUGAGUAACGUGCUGGAGGCGAGUGCAAGGAAUGGGUCUGCUGGUAACACCAUGAGUGCAGUGUCGCUGCAUUUACUCAGCGCAGUAGAGACUCUGCAGAGCGCAUUACUGGUGGGAAGACUGCCGGAUAAUGAACCUAUGGUACUGAUGGCUCCGGCCGCUACCAUGUAUAUCAACAGGUUGCAGUCUGACCAAGUAGAGCGAGCAUCCGUGAAUAUUCCAGAUGGAAGCACUGCAGCGUUUACCCUUCCACCUCUAUCCACUCUGAAUCUCCCAAUGGGCGACGAAGAGGCACUGGAUCUCCGGAUGGUGAGCUUUUCAGUGAAUCCAUUCUUCUCUAGUAACUCACUUGACAUUAGUGGAUCUGUUGGGGGACUGAGCCUGACCAGGACAAAUGGAUCUGUCAUCCCUGUAAAGGAUCUCACUGAAUACAUAGAGAUAAUGUUACCCAGGGAUUAUAUGGCUGAUGGAGACAAAAGCACUUUGUUUCUGGCUAAUCUAUCAGCUGUCAUAGUAAACAUAACGUCACCCAACUAUCCUCUUGUCAUCCAUUUGGAACCCAGUGAAGACAUACCAUUGAUGCUCUACCUGGGCUAUGGGUAUCACCCUAAUGAAACAAACUAUGAUAUCAAUACUCAUCUGCCAAAUGGACAAUAUCCUGGAGAUAAAGUGUAUUCCUGGGUGUUAAACCCUGAGGAGCUUUAUGGGGAAGGCAGCUACUACUUGGCCAUACGACCGGAGAUGGAGGAAGAUGUUCCCAAUAUAAAUUCCAUAUCUGUAUCAGUCAUCAGCUUCACGUCCCGGUGCGUAUUCUGGGAUGAGAGCAAUCAGGAAUGGAAUAGCACUGGCUGUCAUGUUGGGCCAAAGUCUACUCCCCAUAGUAUCCAGUGUCUCUGCAACCAUUUAACCUUCUUCGGAAGCUCAUUUAUCGUCACGCCAAAUGCUGUGGAUGUGAGCAGAACAAUCGAGCUUUUCGCUACGUUUGUAGACAACCCUGUUGUGGUGACCACAGUCGCAUGCAUUGCUCUUGUCUAUAUUUUGGUAUUGAUUUGGGCCAGGAGAAAAGAUCUCCAGGAUAAUGACAAGGUGAAGGUCAUAGCACUUGAAGAUAAUGAGCCAUUUGCCCAGUAUCGGUAUCUUGUGACUGUAUUCACUGGCCAUCGAAGAGGUGCAGCAACCACAUCUAAGGUAACUAUUACACUCUAUGGCUCUGACGGAGAGAGUGAACCCCACUACUUGUAUGACCCAGAUGGAAUCGUCUUUGAACGUGGAGGAUGUGAUGUUUUCUUAUUGACAACUCUAUUGCCUCUUGGAGACGUACAGCGUAUAAGACUUUGGCAUGACAACUCAGGAGAUAAGCCUUCAUGGUAUGUGAACAGAGUGUUGGUACAUGACGUAGAAAUGGACCAGAGGUGGUACUUUCUCUGUAGCUCCUGGCUUUCCAUUGAGGUUGGAGAUUGUGUGCUGGAUAAGGAGUUCAAUGUGGCCACAGAAGAAGAUAUGAAGCAGUUUAGCAAUCUAUUCUUCAUGAAGACAUCCAAAGGAUUCAGAGACGGACACAUCUGGUACUCUGUAUUUAGUCGCUCUCCCAGAAGCCCAUUUACUCGGGUUCAGAGAGUAUCCUGCUGCUUUUCCCUGCUGCUCUGCACCAUGCUGACCAGUAUUAUGUUUUGGGGGGUGCCCACAGACCCUGCUGAACAGAAGAUGGACUUAGGUAAGAUUGAAUUCACCUGGCAGGAGGUGAUGAUUGGAAUCGAGAGCUCCUUAUUGAUGUUUCCCAUCAACCUCCUGAUAGUUCAGAUCUUCAGAAAUGUCCGACCUAAACCAACAAAAGAGUCUUCACAAAUGGCAGGAAAAGACUGUACAUCUCAUACCGAAAAGAAAUGUUCUUCACCAGUUGUUUCCAGCUCGGCUCUUACCCCAGAUUCAGUGUUGAAGGACAUCAGAAGAAUUGCCAACUCCCUGUUUAAGGCCCAGAAGUCUCCAUUACCCAGUAUAGAUGCCGGGAAAUCAGCAGAUAUCAAUAAACUUUUAUCACUUGUAGAAGACAUCAUCCUGAGGCAGAACAGAAUUGGUCAAGAGUUUUAUGAUGAUAGUAAAAAGGAGGAGAGGUCAAUGACCCUCAGCUUGGGCUCUGUAGACCUACAUGAUGAAAUGAGGAGCCCCACCCCAGAAAAAGGACUUGAAGAGAGACAUCCUAGAGGAGAUCACAACCGAUACCUUUACCGGCAGUUGCAGCACAUAGAGAGGAAGCUAGAGCUUCUUGGACCUCUUCAGUUUCAGAAUCCUCAGUGUUACAUCCAGGCUGUUUUACAAGUCCAGCAUAUGAAGGAAGUCCUGGAAAACCAACUCUGUGCUUCUAGAUCAGCAAGUGAAAUAUAUUCCUCCGCUAUGAAUCUCUCAGAGGACAAGAAGAAAAACAUCUCCAAGGGUUUGCCGUGGUGGUUUGUCUUCAUUGGGUGGUUCCUCGUCCUGGCUACUAGUGGUGUAUCUGGAUUCUUUACUAUGUUGUAUGGCUUGCAUUAUGGCAAGGAUAGUUCUAUCAAGUGGCUUAUUUCAAUGGCCAUCUCAUUUUUCGAGAGUCUUUUCAUCACUCAACCUUUAAAGGUACUUGGUUUUGCAGCCUUUUUUGCUCUAGUUUUAAAGAAAGUGGAACCAGAAGAAGAGGAAGAAACCACCAUCAAUGGAGAACUUUCAGCACCAGGAGAUCCAAACCUUCUGCUAGACUCUCCCAGAGACAGUAAGAUAUACCAGCCGCCUCCUCCUACUGAUGUCUCAAGAAUGAGGAGCAUCCAUAUAAAGGAGCAAAAGGUGUUUGCUUUAUUACGGGAAAUACUGGCAUACUUGGGAUUUCUAUGGAUGCUUCUUCUAGUUGCGUAUGGGCAGAGAGAUCCAAACUCAUACUACCUCAAUAAACACAUAGAAAAUAGCUUCGCUGGUGGACUGGAAAAAGUUUGUAGCUACCAAAAUUUCUUUACCUGGGCAAACACCACCUUGAUCAGUAAUUUAUUUGGAACUUAUCCAGGCUUUGUAACAGAUGGCAACUCAAAACUGGUUGGCAGUGCCAGAAUCCGACAAGUUCGGGUCAACAAGGACUCUUGCCUUGUAGCUCGCGUCCUACAAACCACAAUUGAAGACUGUCGAGCUCCUUAUUCUCUGGACGCAGAAGAUAUGGAGCAUUAUGGCGAACAGUGGAAUAUCUCCGCUUUGAGCAAUUCAUCUGAUGCAACCUCUGCAUGGAGCUACAGGAGCCAGUCUAAGCUUAGAAGCCACCCAACUUGGGGUCGGCUGACCACAUACCGUGGAGGGGGCUACAUGGUGGAUCUAGGUGGUGAUCGAACUACUGCCUCUAGGAUUCUGCAGUAUCUCUUUAACAAUGUCUGGCUGGACACUUACACCAGGGCAGUUUUUGUGGAGUUUACCAUUUACAACGCCAACGUCAACCUCUUCUGCCUCGUCAGCCUGAUGUUCGAGACGAAUGCAUUAGGCACUUUCCAGACUCACGCAGAUCUGCAGAGCAUCCGCUUGUAUCCGUACACUGAUGGCUUACAUAUCUUUGUUGUGGCAGCCGAAGUGAUGUAUUUUCUCUUUGUGAUUUACUACAUGGUGGUCCAGGGGAAGCUUAUGAAAACGCUGAAAUGGGGAUAUUUUCGGAGCAAGUGGAACCUGCUGGAGUUGGCGAUUAUUCUACUCAGCUGGAGCGCCCUAUCUGUCUUUGUGAAAAGGACCAUUCUUGGAAACAGAGAUAUCCACUACUACCAGGACCACAAGGACGAGUUUGUAACUUUUAAUGAAACUGCAGCAGCGGACGCUGCCUUGGGCUACCUCAUCGCCUUCCUAGUCCUUCUCUCCACCAUUAAACUGUGGCAUCUCAUGAGGCUGAACCCAAAACUUAAUAUGAUCACAGCAACAUUACGCCGAGCCUGGGGAGACAUCUCCGGAUUCAUUACUGUCAUUCUUGUCAUGUUUCUGGCCUAUUCCAUCGCUUGUAAUUUGAUAUUCGGGUGGAAGCUGAACUCUUACAAGACUGUGUUCGACUCUGCAAAGACUAUGGUCAGCCUUCAGCUGGGAAUCUUCAAUUAUGAGGAGGUGUUGGAUUAUAAUCCAGUUUUGGGCUCUUUCCUGGUUGGAUCAAGUAUUAUUUUCAUGACCUUUGUGGUACUGAAUCUCUUUAUUUCGGUUAUCUUGGUGGCAUUCAGCGAAGAACAAAAGGAUCACCAGCCGUCAGAAGAGGAAGAAAUUGUGGAUCUCAUGUUGAUGAAAAUAUGCAGCUUUCUUGGACUACGGCAUAAGAAGGGGGAUGGGGGGCCAAAUGCAAAUUGUCAGAAUACCUGAAGAUUUUUAUUCUAUGUUAUGUAUGUGAAUAAUUGCUCGUGUCACUGUUACAGCACAGUGGCAGCAAAAAUGUAAUUGGCUUUUAUUGUCGUCACCAGUUUCUGUUACUGUACACAAGGUUUAUGGAUGUCUCUAUACUACUGUAUAUUAAACUGCAUGUACUCAUUUAAGAAGAAUAGUAUCUGGGGAUUCUGUACCAGGGGUUGGACUGAACGCGGAACUCACUGAGCAUAGCGCCACCCAAGUGCAACCAGCUCCCUCCACCACCUUGUCCUCCGGGCUAAAAGGCACAGGGAGCAAGUCAGAACUUCAGGAUCAGGAUGCCACCACUGGGACCCCU